UUACCACAGUAGUCACUUAGUCUUGGGGUGGGCGACCUUUUGAUACCAACCCCAACUCCGGCUUCUCAUCAACGUUCACUAUCUUCACGCGGUGUCUGGCAGAAGUCUCUGUCGUGCCGUCCUCCCUCAGCUCCUUAUCCUCCCACUCUAUAACCCCAUGCCUCGAUAAUAGGCCUGCGGUUUCUCUUCAUCAAGAUGAUGCCUUCUUUCUUCAACGCCGACAUGGUCGGUGUUCCUGAUCACCACGCCUCUGGCGGAGGCUACACCGUCGAUUCAAUACUUAACGAACUCUCACGACAACUCAUUGGGAACACGCGGCGGUAUUCGAGGGCGUCGAACGGGCAGCAGCGGGCAGGCAACAGCAUGAGGAUAUCCAAACCCGGUAGUGCCAGCAACAGUCCGAGAGCGUCGACCCUACAAUCCCGGAGGAGGACCUUGAUCGGAAAUGGGUUCCAGGGCAGGAUCCAAACGCGGUCUCCCGCGAUGGGCCAGCCUUAUCUGCCUACUCCUGCGUCAGAAACACCGAGCGAGUCCUUCUACGAGCGGGAAACACGCCCGGCGCGCCCGCUCAGCUGGCAUCCCUCCUCGCAGCAAACGCAUCAGUCGCUCUUCCCACUCCAAGACACCAGCGGCAACACGGUGUUGUACCCGUUCCCGGCUUACAGCGACGCCGACAUGCUGGCGGGCCUACAACACUUUCCCCCAAGCCCGGUGGUCUACUCGGGCUACGCCUCGCCGGCGGAGCCAUUCCCGCCGCUCUCGCCGGCGUACUCGAGCUUGGAAGUGCCGCAGAUGUGCUCACCCGCGACCCAGUCUGUGCGGGUGCCGCCGCAACAACAGCAACUGCAGCAACAGCCCGCCCUGUUCCCUCCCCUCGCCUGCUCGAACUGCUCCUCGAGCAGCACGGCGUUAGAAACGCCGUACCUCCCUCGUCCCCGCGCAGCGCAAGACUCGCCGUCCUGGGACGCUUAUCCCAGCAGCUGCGGCAACGCCCUCCUCGCCCGGUCCACCGCACCGCCCACGCCCGAAGACUUCGCGUGCAGCCUGUUCCCGGACCAGUCGUUGGCCGGGACGAGAGGUGGCCGGCAGCUACAGCAACAACAACAAGAUACGACGACGACGAGGGGCUCGGCUGCCGGCACCCAGCCGCCGCCGGCACCGCUGCCGCCGUCAUAUCAGCCGCUGAUCCACGACGACGAGAACGACGACGAGUCCGAGGGCGAGAUCUUGUACGGCAUGGGCCUCUACGACGCGCCGGACCACAGCAAGACGCCGAGCCUGCACCAGUCCGUCGUGCUCUCCCUGCUUGGGGGCGCCAGGGACCAGGAGCCCGACACGGGCAAGGGGCUCGGGCUGAAGCUUGAGGACGCGUGGGAGCCGCCCGCGAGCGAGGAUGAGGAGGAGGGGGCCGAAGAGGAUGGGCAGGGUCAGGAGGAGGAGCACAGCGAGUGAGAAGUGUAAUUGGUAUGGUGGCUUGAUCUAUUUCUUCGCCUUUUCUUGGCUUUCUUCUUUUUUUGCUCUUCUUGCCUCUCCGCUCAGCUUGGCCGCGUGUACUGUGCAUCGACAGCGAGGCGUUUUCGGGUUAUGGAUCGAGGGUUAUGGGUAAACGGAUACGAGGCAUGGGCAUCGCAUGCACUACAUUGCAGGAUGGGCACGGACAAGGCACCUCAGCGGACAGCGAAUGGCUACGGAAAGGCGUCUA